AUGGACGGUCUCCUGAUCGAUUCCGAAGACAUCUACACAGGAUGCAACAACGUCAUUCUCCAGGAAUAUGGAUGCCCCAAUCUGCCCUGGAAGAUAAAGGCCUUGCUUCAAGGUCGUCCAGCUCCCGAAGCAGCAGAGAUCUUCCACGCUUGGGCUCGCCUCCCAAUUGCUCGCCCCCUCUUUCUUGAGAAACAGCGCGCCCUUCAGACCCGUUUUUUCCCCACCACGCGCCCCUUGCCCGGUGUUCCCUUGCUCCUCAAAACUCUCCGCCAUUCGAAGGUCGACCUUGCGCUAGCCAGCUCCUCGCAUACUGUGAACUUCAAACUCAAGACUUCUCACCAAGAAUCCCUCUUCAAGGCUUUUGAACCUGAGAAGAGAGUUCUCGGGGACGAUCCCCGCAUUGGUAAGGGGAGAGGAAAGCCGUGUCCGGACAUCUAUUUGCUUGCAUUGGAAUGUAUUAAUAAGGGCCUUCGAGCGAAGGGAGAGCCCGAGGUGAGUCCAGAGGAGUGUUUGGUGUUUGAGGAUAGUGUGCUGGGUGUGGAGGCAGGAAGGAGGGCAGGAAUGAGGGUGGUUUGGUGUCCGCAUCCAAUGCUCUUGCAGGAAUAUACCGGACGUGAGGAUGAGGUCUUGGCCGGUAUUGCGAGUAUGAUUGAAGGCGAUGAUGAGGUUGAGGGCCUGAUGGAGGAGGCGAAACCGAGGGUGCCGGAGGGUACGGUUGGCAUGAUUGGAGAUGGUUGGGCAGAGAUGAUGCCAACGCUUGAGGGGUUCAAUUACAGGAAGUAUGGCAUCGAGCUUUGA